AUGAAGUGUAAAGUCACUGGUUUACCAAGACCAGAUGUGCAGUGGUUCAAGAAAAAAGCUAAAGUCAAGAUAACUGCCCGCACAGUGAUUGAGUACACCGAUGAUGGAGUUUGUAUGCUAACUUUGCAUAAUCUUGGUUUGGAUGAUAUUACUACCUACACCUGUAAAGCAACCAACAAAGUGGGAGAAGCAUCAACAUCUGCUGAACUCAUCUUACAAGUGGCAGCAAAGAUUACAGAAGGGCCUGCUAACAUGUCAGUGAAACGUGGACAUACUAUCCCUCUCAAAUGUACUUUCCGUGGCAUCCCCAAACCAGAUGUUUUCUGGUAUCGGGGAAAGAACGAGAUAGAAUCUACAGGUAGAUACGCUAUUGAGGUGAAAGAGACCUAUUCCAUUUUAACGAUUGAAGACAUUCAGCCAGAUGAUUCUUGUGAAUUCUCAAUGGAAGUGGAAAAUGAACAUGGGAUGGAUCAACAUAAACUGACAAUUACAGUAUAUGAUAAACCUUCUGCACCAGGUAAACCAGAAGUUUCUGACAUCACUCCAUCCACAUUGACUCUGACAUGGGAGCCACCAACAUCUGAUGGCGGAAGUCCCAUUACAUCAUACAUCAUUGAGAGGUGUGAUGUGACCACAAACACUUGGACUGUAUUGACAACUAGCAACAAGACCACAACGUACUCUGUGAAAAACUUGGCACCAGAUACACAAUAUGUGUUCCGUGUGAGUGCAGAAAAUGUUGUUGGUGUGAGUGAACCUAGUCCAGAAUCUGACAUUGUCAACACUCUUAAAAAACCAGAACCUGAAGUAGCUGCUGAGAAAGUUGCUGAACCACAAGAAGCACUGAAGGCACCAUACUUUAUUGAUCAGCUGAAGGAUAAAGAUGCGACUGAUGGAGAUCCUGUUCAAUUUGUCUGCAAAGUGACUGGUAAACCACUUCCUGUCAUCACCUGGUACAGGAAUGAUGAAUUAAUCAAACCAUCACAAGACUUCAAGCAGACUUACACAAAUGAAAUUGCUGUCCUGGACAUUGUUGAGGUGUUCCCAGAUGAUGCUGGCAGAUAUACUUGUAAAGCUGUCAAUCCAGCUGGCGAUGCAGUGACCAGAGCUAAACUCAGAGUAGAGGAAUUACCAGAAGAAUCACCUCCAGCUGUUGAAGAGUUUGAAGCUCCAAAGAUUGUUGAAAAAUUCAAAGAUUUAGAGCUCAUUGAAGGCAAAACAGCAAGAUUAGAAUGUCUUGUUACUGGCAAGCCUGAACCUGAAGUUACUUGGUAUAAGGAUGAUUGUGAAAUCAAAAACAGUCGUCACAUUUACGCUAAACGUGAUGGUAAUAAGUGUACUUUGAUCAUUGCAAAUGUCAACUUGGAUGAUGAUGCAGAGUACACAUGCAGGGCAAAGAAUCCUGUUGGUAAAACUGAAUGCGCUGCUGAAGUCUUAAUAGAAACACCAGAAGAGGCUGCUGCUGAAUUCCUAAUUAAACCAAAGAAAGUUGAGACAGUACAGGCUGAAAUACCAAUUGAUCCUGACAAACCUAAAGAACCUCCAUUCUUUAUUCAAGAGCCAGUGAAAACAACAUCUAUUGAAGGUGAACCUGCUGAGUUUCGUUGUAAAGUCGGUGGAUAUCCUCCUCCUAAAGUUACAUGGAACAAAGGAUGGAGACAACUCACAGAUGGAAGAGAGUUUACACUUAAAUAUGAUGAAGAGACAGAGGAGCAUGUGUUGAUUGUUAAGGAAACUCGAAGUAAUUCUUCUGGGAAAUACACAGUUAAGAUUGAGAAUGAGGUCGGUGCUGAUAAAACUAAUGUACCAUUGUUGGUUGAGGUUAAACCAGAAGAAGAACCACAAUAUACCCAAGUUCUGAAAAGACGACCUUCCGAAAUAGCACGUAUGGAGGCUGAAGAAAUUGACAUCAAUGAACUUCUGAAAGAUGUGGAUCCAAAAGACUAUGAGAAAGUGCUAUUAGAACAUGGUAUUCAUGACUUCCGUGUAAUCUUAAAACAUAUUGAGUGGCUGAAACAGCAAGGGGAUAAAGAAUUAGACUUACCUAAGCUUAAAGGUUGGGAAGAGGUCCUAGCUGAGGAAACUAUUGCAGCACCUGUAAAGCUACAAGAAGUACAUGCUGACAGACCACAGGUGAUGGCAUUAGCAAGAGAGACAAUUCCAGAAGACAGUGAAGUACCCACGUUUGCUUUCGCAAAGCCGUUGAAAGAUGUUGAAGUUGUUGAAAAAGACACUGCCCAACUUGUUUGUGAAGUGACGGAUGAAAGAGCUGAGGUGACGUGGAUGAAAGAUGGUCAGAUUAUCGAGCCAGGUGAUGAAAGAUUCAUCAUUGAGAAAGUCGGAAGACGAUGCUCUCUUGUUGUCAAAGAUACAACUAUUUUGGAUGAAGCCGAGUAUACCUGUCAACUUGGAGAGUUACAAACUACUGCUGAACUGCUUGUGGAAGAAGUGGAACCAAUCAAGACCAAAGUGACCAUUGUCGAUGGAAUUGAGACCAAAGAGGCAACUGCUGAGCAGACUGUAAUGUUUGAGUGUGUUGUCUCAGAUGAGACUGGUAAGGCUACAUGGUUUAAAGAUGGGGAUGAAAUUGAACCAUCUGAGAAGUAUGAAAUCAAAGUGGAAGGAAGAAGACGCUCUCUCACAAUCCAUAAUAUUUCAUCUGAUGAUGAAGCAGAUUACACAUGUACAGUUGAUGAGGACAAAACUGCAGCUGAACUCUUUUACAAAGAACCAGUGAAGAUCAUCAAAUCUCUGACAGACCAGACUGUCAAAGAACAUCUGACAGCUACAUACGAGUGUGAAUUUUCACUGCCAAUCCAGAAACAUGAAGUGAAAUUCUUUUUGAAUAAUGAACUAUUGAAGGAGACGAGUAAUGUCAUUAUCAAGGUCUCUGGUACCAAGGCAACGAUUGUAAUGAAGGAUGUGGUCGACAAGGAUGAAGGCGAAAUUAGUGUCAAAGUUCGCAAUGCAACUUCCACUGCGAAAAUGAAUGUUGAGCUACCACCAUUUGAGAUAUCUAAAGGACUUCAUGAUGCAAGUGCAGAAGAAAAACAGACUGGGACAUUCCAAUGUCAAGUGUCUGACCAAAGAGCUAAAGUCACAUGGUUGAAAAAUGGUGAACCAAUUACAUUGGAUGAAACAAAAUAUACCUCAGUAUCACAAGGAAAGAUAAGAAAGCUUGUGAUCAGUGAUCUGGCAUUUGAUGAUAAGGCAGAGUACUCUGUCAUGCUCCAGGACCAGAAAUCGACAGCCACGUUAGACGUUGAACCUGCUAAAAUUGCUCCAUUCUUCAUAGAAAAACCGAAAUUUGCAGAUGUUGUCGAAGAUUCUCCUGCUGAAUUCCGUUGUAAAGUUGGUGGUUAUCCGACACCUGUAAUAUCAUGGUCUAAAGGAUGGAAGCAGUGCACAGAAUGUGAUGAAUACACAAUAACAUACAAUGAAGAAACUGAAGAGCAUACAAUGAUAAUUAAUAAAACAACAAUUAAAGAUGCUGGCAAAUACACUGUCAAAGCUGUCAAUGAGAUGGGUGAGCAGAAAGUCCCUGUGUCAUUGAUGGUGCAGGAGAAACCAGCUGAAGAACCACAGUUUAUGAAGAAGUUGAAGAGGAGACCAUCUCAGGUGAAGGUUGAAACAAAACCUGAAGAUAUUGAUAUUGAAGAACUUCUAGCUGGAGUACCUGUGAAGGACUAUGAACUGGUUCUGAGAAAACAUGGCAUCCAUGAUUUUAGAGUCAUUCUACAGCAUAUAGAAAUGAUGAAAAAGAAGAAGAUAGAAGAAGAAAUUAAACCAAUUGUUGAACCUGAAGUUGAAGUUGUAAAAGCUGAAAUUGAGACAGUUUCUGCAGCCCCACAGUUGACAGUAGCAGUAAAAACGGAAGAAGUCGUGUAUAACUUUGUGAAAGAUUUAGAGGAUGUUGAAGUCGUUGAAAAUGAAGCUGUUGAACUCACCUGUGAAGUCUCAGAUGAAAAAGCUGAGGUGUCUUGGUUAAAGGAUGGUGUUGAGAUUAAACCAGAUGAUGACAAAUAUGAAUUUAAAUCAUCUGGUAGACGUCGAUCUUUGUGUCUAAAGAGCGCCACUGUCAAAGACGAGGCAGAAUAUACAUGUGUGGUCGGUGAUACUAGUACCACUGCCGAACUCUUUGUUGAAGACAAAGUUCAGCCUAUACCAGAAAUUGAAGAAGUGACAGUGGUUUGUGCACCAGUCACAAGCCUAGAGGAGGCUACCAUAGCUCCUGUCAAAUUCUUGUACAAACUAAAAGACACUGACGUUGAAGAAAACCAAACUGCAAGGCUAGAUUGUGAAAUUAACCAAGAUGUUUCUGAUGAUGACAUCUCGUGGAGCAAAGAUGAUGAACAAUUGCUUCCUGGAGACAAGUAUGAAAUGCUAAAAGCCAAACGUAAAGUCUCGUUGAUCAUUCAUGAUGUGAGCUUUGAAGACGAAGGUGACUACACUGUUUCUGUUGGUUCAAGCACAAGUACAGCUGGACUUUUUGUAUCAGAAGCACCCAAAUUUGCCACUCCAUUGCAAGACAAAGAAAUUCCUGAGAAAGAAAGCAUCGAGUUGACAUGCGAAGUGACCAAACCUAACGUGAAGGUGAAUUGGUACAAGGAUGAUGAGCAGAUCUCGCCAUAUGAUCACCAUUACAAGAUAAAGACUGAUGGAAGGAGACAUAGUUUAGUCAUCGAUGAUGUCAAGUUGAAAGAUGAAGCUAAAUAUACAGCUAAGCUUGGUGAUAUUGAGACUGCUGCUGAACUGGUUGUAGAAGAAAUUGUGGAAGAUAUUGUUGAGGAGCCUGUAAUAUGUUCUGCAGUAGCCAGUCUGCAACAACCUACACAACUUGAAGAAGCUAAAAUUGAGCUUGCCAAACCAAUCGAAGAUAAAGAAGUUGAUGAGUUCACAGAGUCCGUCAGCUUUUCAUGCCAGCUCACUCGGCCGACGAAUGAUGUCACCUGGUUGAAAGAUGACCAACCAAUAGAUGAGAGCGAUAAGUACAAGAUUGUGAAAGAGGAUACAUCACAUACACUCAUUGUGUCUGAUGUUACCACUGAGGAUGAGGGAAUAUAUACAUUCAAGGCUGGUGAUGUUAAAACAGAUGCUGAACUCUUAGUUGAACUGACCAAAUUUGGUGAACAACUGAAAGACAUUCAGUGCAGUGAAUUUGAACCAGUCACUUUAGAGUGUGAAGUCACCAACAAAUUGGCUAGUGUCACUUGGUUGAAAGAUCAGGAGGAAGUCAAAGAAAGUCCACGUGUGAAAAUCAGUACUGAUGGAACCAAGCACAUGCUGACUAUUUUAGAGACUAUUCCAGAAGAUGAGGCUGAAUAUACAUGUAAAGUGGGUGCAGUGACUACUUCCUGUGAACUAUUAGUUGACACAACCACUUUUACCAGUACUCUGGCAGACAAAGAUGUUAGUGAGUUUGAGAAAUCCACUUUUGAGUGUGAAGUAUCCAACGAAAAGGCUAAUGUUACUUGGUUGAAGGACGGUCAACCAAUCGAAGAAGGACCUAAGUACACCAUCACUGUAGAUGGGAAGAAACGAACCUUGCUUGUCCAUGACAUUACUCCUGAUGAUGACGCUGAAUAUACAUGUGUUGUUGGCGAUCACAAAACAACUUGUGGUCUAUUUGUUGAAGCCACCAAGUUCAGUUCCCCUUUGAAGAGUACUGAUGCCAUUGAAUUUGAAUCAGUCACAUUGGAAUGUGAGGUAUCUCAUGAUAAAGGUCAGGUGACCUGGUUCAAGAAUGGUAAAGAGAUUGAACCAAGUGAUAAAUACAGGAUAGAAGUUGAUGGUCAGACUAGACGUCUCAUUAUCUCAGAUCUUACUUGUGAAGAUGUUGCUGAGUAUACCUGUGUGAUUGGUACUGAGAAAACUUCCACUACACUCAAUGUUAAAGCUACCGGAUUCAGUUCACAGUUGAAGGAUGUUGAUGCUACAGAGUUUGAAGCUACUGUACUUGAAUGUGAACUCUCCCAUGAGAAAGGUGUUAUCACUUGGUUGAAAGAUGGCAAACCUAUAGAGGAAGGACCCAAGUAUACCUUUAUUGUGGAUGGCAAAAAGCGUGCUCUCAAGAUCGAGGAUGUCUCUCCAGAUGAUGAUGCAGAAUACACUUGUGUUGUUGGUGAUGAGAAGACCACUGCUGGUGUAUUUGUUGAAGAUACUUCAUUCACUACAAAACUCAAUGACUCUGAUGCACUAGAGUUUGAGUCAGUGACACUUGAAUGUGUAGUGUCUCAUGAACGAGCCCAUGUCGUGUGGCUUGUCAAUGAUGUAGAAUUGCAACCUAGUGAGAAGUAUGAAUUUGUUGCCAUUGGAAAGACCCGUAAACUGAUAAUUCAUGAUUUGAGCAUCUCGGACGAUGCCGAGUACACAUGUGUUUUUGGAAAAGAAAUGACCACUGCUGCCGUAACAGUGGAAACUACUAAAUUUACCACUAAACUAUCUGACAUUGAUGCUACUGAGUUUGAAUCAGCAACAUAUGAGUGUGAAGUAUCUCAUGAAAAGGGUGAAGUCAUCUGGUUGAAAGAUGGUAAACCAAUUGAAGAAAGUCCCAAAUACAAAAUAAUUGUUGAUGGCAAGAAACGUGCUCUUAUAAUCCAAGACGUUAGUGUUGAUGAUGAUGCUGAAUACACAUGUGUGAUGAGGGAUGAGAAAACAUCCGCAAAUACUUUUGUAGAAGCUACUACAUUCACAUCACCAAUAAAGGACAUUGACGCUAUUGAAUAUGAGAAUGAAAAAUUAGAAUGCGUGGUAUCUCAUGAGAAAGCAACGGUUACAUGGUUGAAAGAUGGUCAGCCAAUUGAAGAAGGGCCAAAAUACACCUUUGUUGCAGAUGGUAAAAAGCGUUCUUUGCUGAUAAAUGAUGUCAAUCCAGAUGAUGACGCUGAAUACACCUGUGUUAUUGGCGAGGAGAAAUGUACAGCUGGUCUGUUUGUUUGUGCAACUAAAUUCACUAAGGAACUUAAGGAUGUGGAUGUGAUUGAAAGGGAGACAGCUAGAUUUGAUGUUGAGGUGUCCCAUGAAAAAGCUGAAGUGACUUGGCUUAAAGAUGGCAAAGAGAUUGAACCAAGUAUGAGAUAUGAAUAUAAAGUGGAUGGAAAACAACGCUCAUUAAUUAUUCAUGGUGUUACUCCGGAUGAUGAAGCAGAGUAUACAUGUGUGUUGGGCAAAGAAAAGUCAAAUGGUGGACUCUUUGUUGAACCACCACCUGUUGAAUUUGUUGUCCCAGUCAAACCAGUGGAUGUCAUUGAACGACAGACAGCAGCUUUUGAAUGUGAAAUCUCAGAGGAUGCUGAAGUCACAUGGCAGAAAGAUGGUGAAGAUAUCCAACCCAGUGAGAAAUAUGAGUAUAUAUCAGAAGGCAAAAUCAGAAAAUUAGUCAUACAUAACUGUAACUUUGAAGAAGAGGCUGAAUAUACAUGUGUUACCAAAGAUCACAAAUCCAAUGCCGAACUGGUUGUGCUAGAAGCGGCACCUGAGUUCAAGGAACCAUUAAAAGAUGUAACAACAAUGGAAGAAUCUGAUUCUUGUACUCUGCAAUGUACCCUAGAUAAAAUAACAACCAAUGUGAAAUGGAUGAAAAACAAGGAAGUGAUCACAGAGUCUGCCAAGUAUGAGUUUGUACAUGAUGAGUAUACACAUAAAUUGAUUGUCAAGGACAAUGUAUUGGAAGAUGAUGCUGAAUACACUUGUGUUGUUGGAGAAUAUACGUCUGAAGCUAACAUAAAAGUAGAAGAAAAACCAGUGGAAAUUGUAGAAGGCCUCAAAGAAGUGGUUGCAAGUCCUGAUGACACAAUCAGCUUCACUUGUGUCCUCAACAAAGAGCGAGUGAAUGUUAAGUGGUUCAAGAACGAUGAAGAAAUUAAGCCUAGUGAUAAAUACGAGAUGACGAAAGACUUCAAAACUCAUAAACUGGUUGUCAAAAAUGCUGUAUUUGAAGAUGAUGCAGAGUUUUCAUUUGUUGCUGAAAGUGAGGCUAGCCGUGCUGAUCUCAUUGUUGAAGAUGAACCAAAGGUUACAGUUGAACCUAAAUUUAUGGAGAUCACAGUGAAAGCAGAAACCAAAAUUGUUGUUGAGUCUAGCUUCACCGGUGCUCCCGCUCCAGAAUCUGAAUGGACUAAAGAUGGAAACAAACUGGAUGUGACUGAUGAUCGCAUCAAAGUACAGGCUACCAAGGCGAUGAGAGGAAACACCACACUGACUAUCAACAAGGCCAAGAGAAGUGAUAAAGCUACUUACACUGUUACUGUGUCUAAUGAUUUGGGAACAGACUCUGUCAAUGUUGUUGUCAAUGUUUUAGACAAACCAACUCCACCCACCAAUCUCAAAAUCAGUGAAAUUACACCUGAGACUGUCACCUUGAACUGGGAGCCCCCAGAAGAUGAUGGUGGCGAUGUCGUCACUGAAUACACCAUUGAGAAGCGUGAUACAAAACGAGCAACAUGGUCUGAUGCUGGAACGACUUCAGAUCUCACUUUCCAAGUCAAGAAAUUGAUAGAAGGCAAUGAGUAUGUGUUCCGUGUUAGUGCUGUAAAUAAACAUGGUACAAGUGAACCUACUCAAACAUCUCCAAUCAUUGCUAAACACCAAUUUGAUGUACCAAUGCCACCUACUAAACCUGAAAUAUCUGAUGUGGAUCGAACAGUAAUGACAGUCACAUGGUCACCACCAGAAUUUGAUGGUGGUAGUCCAGUCACAGGCUACUUUGUUGAAAGAUGUGACACUGCAAGAGAUAGAUAUAUCAGAGUUAACAAAGACAGCAUUACAGAAACCAGCUUGAUUGUCCAUGACCUGGUUGAAGGAAAUGAAUAUGUAUUCAAAAUUUAUGCUCAAAAUGAAGCUGGACCAAGUAAACCUUCUCCAGCAUCUGAUCCAAGAAUUGCAAAACCACCAUAUGAUGCACCUGAAGCACCAGGUAAACCUGAAACAGAGAACAUUGAACGUACUGAAAUGAAAGUAUCUUGGACACCACCAGAGAAUGACGGCGGAUCACCAAUCACAGGAUACAUCGUUGAGAAAUGCGAUGUCGCUAGAGAUCGUUGGGUGAAGGCGCAUAAGGAAACUGUUCUAGAAACUGAGUUGCUUGUGAAAGAUUUGAUGGAAGGCAAUACUUAUAAAUUCAGAGUCUUUGCAGAAAAUGCAGCAGGACUAGGACCAGCUAGUAAACCAUCAGAACCAAGGAUUGCUAAACCACCAUAUGAUCCUCCAAGUGCUCCUGGUAAGCCAGAAACCAGUGAUGUAGAUGCCACAGUGAUGACAGUCACAUGGACAACACCUGAAACUGACGGUGGUUCUCCAAUCACAAGUUAUAUUAUUGAAAGGAGAGACACCUUCUCAACUAGAUGGGUUAAAGUUAACAAAGACAUUGUGCUGGACAACAGUUACAAAGUUACCAACUUAGUUGAGGGAACAGAAUACCAGUUCCAGAUCAUGGCAGAGAACAAGGCUGGUGUUGGCCCCGCCAGUGAACCAUCAGAUCUACGGAAGGCUAAACCACCAUAUGACCCACCAAAUGCACCUGGUAAACCAGAUAUCACGGCUGUAGACAGCACAGAAAUCACCAUCACUUGGACACCACCAGAGAAUGAUGGUGGUUCACCAAUCACAGGAUACACUAUAGAGCGAUGUGAUAUCAGCAGGAAGAGGUGGAUCACAUGCAAUAAACAAACCGUUACUGAGACCACAUUCACCAUCACUGAGUUGAUUGAAGGCAAUGAGUAUCAGUUCAGAGUAGCUGCUGAGAACAAGGCAGGAGUUGGAGAUAUGAGUGAACCCAGUGAUGUCACUAAAGCUAAACCACCAUAUGAUGUUCCUACUGCUCCUGGCAAACCUGAAGUAACGGGCACAAUGCCUACUUACAUCACCAUCACAUGGGCAGUACCAGAAUCUGACGGAGGAUCUCCCAUCACCAAUUACGUCAUUGAGAAACGAGACACUACAAGAGAUAGAUGGGUGAAAGGAAGCAAGGAAGUCAUCACAGAUACAGUGUUCAGUGUUCCCGAUCUCUUAGAAGGCAACGAAUAUGAGUUCCGAGUUGCUGCUGAGAACAAAGCUGGUAUUGGAGCAUUCAGUGAACCAUCUGACAAAGCUGUAGCUAAGCUACCAUAUGAUGUACCAGAAGCAGCGGGUAAACCUGAGGUUCUCAAUGCUGAUGCCACUGAAAUGACAAUUGAGUGGACACCACCAGAAAAAGAUGGUGGCAGCCCAGUUAUUGGUUAUGUGAUUGAGAAACAGAAAGAUGGUGGUAGAUGGCUGAAAGUGAAUAAAGAUAUAGUCCCUGAGCUGACCUAUACAGUACAAGAAUUGGUUGAAGGCUCUGAGUAUCGAUUUAGAGUCAGUGCACAGAAUGCAGCUGGAGUUGGUAAACCAAGUGAACCAUCAGAUCCAAGAAUUGCCAAACCACCAUAUGAUGUCCCUACUGCACCUGGUAAGCCUGAGACUUCUGAUGUUGACAAGACUGAGAUGACAAUCACGUGGACACCUCCACUCUCCGAUGGCGGUUCUGAAAUUUUCAACUAUAUCAUUGAGAAGCGAGAAACCAACGUGACUCGCUGGGUUAAAGCUACCAAAGUCACUAUUACUGAGUGUACCUACAAACUGACUGAUCUGAAAGAGGGUCUUAAAUAUGAAUUCAGAGUUAGUGCAGAGAAUAAGGCUGGUGUUGGACCAGUUAGUCCUCCAUCUGAUCCAAGAAUUGCCAAACCACCUUAUGACCCACCUUCAGCUCCUGGAAAGCCUAAGAUUACAGAUAUUGACAGCAAUCAUAUGACUCUAACAUGGACUGUUCCUGACAACGAUGGUGGCAGUGAAAUUAUUGGCUAUGUUAUUGAGAAAUGCGACACAAAUAGAGACAGAUGGCUGCGUGUGAAUAAAGAAUUAGUUAAGGAACUUACUCUGACGGUGACAGAUCUCAUUGAAGGAAAUGAAUACAUCUUCCGAGUUGCUGCUGAGAAUAAAGCUGGCCUGGGCAAUUAUAGUGAACCAUCAGAUCCUAAAGUUGCCAAACCACCAUAUGACCUUCCUGAGGCACCAGGCAAACCUGAAGUUGAGAACCUAGACAAAACAUCUAUGAAUUUGACAUGGGCACCACCUAAGAGUGAUGGCGGAAGUGCAAUCUUUAACUAUGUAAUUGAAAGAAAAGAAACAUCUUCUAGUCGAUGGGUUAAAAUCCACAAAGAUACAUGGGUUUCUACUGAAUUCACAGUGUUGGACUUGAUAGAAGGCAAUGAAUAUGAAUUCCGUGUUGCUGCGGAGAACAAAGCUGGUGUUGGCAAUUACAGUGAACCAUCAGAUCCAAGGAUUGCCAAGCCACCAUAUGAUGUGCCUGGUCCACCAAGCAAACCAAUACUCGGUGAAAUUGAUCGCACAGUAAUGACUGUGACAUGGACUCCACCAGAAUCUGAUGGUGGUUCUCCAAUCAUCGGUUACUUUGUUGAAAAGAAGGAACAAUUCAGUAGUCGCUGGACUAAAGUCACUGACAUUGUAGUAUCAGAACUGACACUGAAGGUCUCUAAUUUAACUGAAGGCAGCUUGUAUCAAUUCCGUGUUUCUGCUAAUAACAAAGCUGGUACUGGAACACCAAGUGAACCAACUGAACCUACCAUGGCCAAACCACCAUAUGAUCCACCAGAACCACCUAGUCGACCUGAAGUCAGUGAUGUCACUGCUGAAACCAUGCACCUGACAUGGAAUCCACCAGACAAUGAUGGUGGUUCACCUAUCACUGGAUACUUCAUUGAAAAACGAGAUGUCACCAGAGACAGAUGGUCAAAGGUCAACAAAGAUGCUGUCAAGAAUCCUAAAUUGACGGUUGAGAAUUUGACGGAAGGUACAACCUAUGAAUUUAGAGUCAGUGCUAAGAAUGAUGCUGGUGUUGGUAACCCAAGUGAACCAUCUGUACCUACUAAAGCUAAACCACCGUAUGAUAUACCAGAGUCACCUGGUAAACCUGAUGUUACUGAUGUCACUGCAUCGACUAUGACCCUUACGUGGGCAGCACCUGUAUCCGAUGGUGGCAGUCCCAUUACCACAUAUGUCAUCGAAAGCAAGGACUCCUUUUCCACAAGAUGGAAUAAUAUCACUAAAGACAAGAUCACAGAUCUGACAUACACUGUUUCUGGUCUCAUGGAAGGAUCUGAGUACCAGUUCCGUAUCAAAGCACAAAAUGCUGCUGGUCUGUCUAAACCUAGUCAGCCUUCAGAUCCUGUUAUUGCCAAGCCUCCAUUUGUUGUACCUGGUGCACCAAGUAAACCAGUUAUCUCUGAUGUAACAGCCAUGAGCAUGAAACUAACAUGGAAUGCCCCAGGUAGCGAUGGUGGUUCUCCUAUCACUGGCUAUUCUGUUGAGGCAAGAGAACGUCUUGGAACAUGGACAGUCAUCACACUGGAUGCAGUACAGGAAACCAGUUAUACAGCUACAAGUCUCAUUGAAGGCAAAGUAUACGAGUUCCGUGUCUCAGCCCAGAACAAAGCAGGUCUUAGUAAACCCAGUCCGCCAUCAGAUCCAACAGAAGCAAAAGAUCCAAUUGAUCCUCCCUGUCCACCUGGCAAACCAGAACCAACUAACAUUAGUGGUACUGAGAUGAAAGUCACAUGGUCCAUGCCAGAGAAUGAUGGUGGAUCUCCCAUUAUUGGAUACAUUGUUGAACGCUGUGAAACAGCUAGAAUGAGAUGGAUGAAGUCAAAUACAGACCUUGUGAAGGAAACCACUUAUCUUGUCCAGGAUUUGAUUGAAGGAAACACCUAUACAUUUAGAAUUAUAGCAGUUAAUAAGGCUGGUGAAAGUGAGCCAAGUGAACCAUCAGAACCAAAGGUUGCCAAACCUCCAUAUGAUGUACCGGAACCACCUAGCAAACCUAAUAUCAGUGAUGUUGAUGCUACUCAAAUGACUCUGACCUGGACACCACCUGAACACGAUGGUGGAUCACCAGUUACAGGAUAUAUUAUUGAACGUAAAGAUAGCAUGAGCAUUAAGUGGGUGAAGGCUGUUCGAGAUGUAGUGACUGACACAACAAUCACUGUUAAAGGUCUUAUUGAAGGAACUGAAUACCAAUUCCAUGUUGCUGCCCAGAACAAAGCUGGAACCGGAAAGUUUGGUGAACCAUCAGAUCCAAGGAUUGCCAAACCACCAUAUGACAUUCCAGGUCCACCAGGAAUGCCUUCUGUGACAUCAGCGGACAGCACAUGGAUGACUUUAACAUGGUCUCCUCCAGAAGAUGACGGCGGUGCAGAAAUCACCAAUUAUAUAGUUGAGAUGAAGGAAGGAUUCAGUACAACAUGGAAGAAAGUAGUGAGAAAUGUCUCUGAUACAACACAUACUGUAAAGAAUCUCACUGAAGGAAAUGAGUAUGAGUUUAGAGUCAGUGCUGAGAACAAAGCUGGUGUUGGACCACCAAGUGAACCAUCCACUCCAAGGGUGGCCAAACCACCAUAUGAUGUACCUGGUCCACCUGGUAAACCAGAUGUUACUGAAACUGACAAGACAAUGAUGACAAUAACUUGGACUCCUCCAGAAGAGGAUGGUGGAAGCCCACUUACUGGAUAUGUUAUUGAGAAAUGUGACAUCAGUAGAGACAGAUGGACAAAAGCUAAUAGGAUUACUGUAACUGAGUCAACAUUCCAAGUUACUGAUCUCAUUGAGGGACAGAAGUACAUAUUUAGAGUCAGCGGUGAAAACAAGGCUGGAGUUGGUAAACCUAGUGAACCAUCAGAACCAAGAAUUGCCAAACUACCAUAUGAUGUACCAGAUGCACCUGGACAACCAGAAGUGAGCAAGGUUGAUUCCACUGCCAUGACAUUGACAUGGGCAGCACCUGACAAUGAUGGUGGUAGCCCUGUGACUGGUUAUGUCAUUGAAAAGAAAGAUGUGACAAGCACUCGCUGGGUUAGAGUUAAUAAAGACAUAGAGAUUGAUACUACUCUAAGAGUUACUCAGCUUAUUGAAGGCACAACUUAUGAAUUUAGGGUCAGUGCUCAAAAUAAGGCUGGGGUCGGUAAACCAAGUGAACCAUCUAAACCACAAAAAGCUAAACCUCCAUAUGGUAAGAUUGAGAAUUUAUUGGCAUGCUUGUUGUAUCUGCAUGGUGAAUAA